AGUUCAAUUUCUACCAUCACUAGCUCGACACCUUAAAAUCAUUAUUACUUAAUAAUGUCCAUAUUAUUAAUAUUAUUAACCAUAUUACUACUGCUGGCAUUGUAUUUUCUAUACGCUUUAAACAAACACUUUAAAUAUUGGCAAAAUUUGGGCAUAGGUUGUGAUGAGCCCAGUUGGAUCUUUGGCAGUUUUAAGGGAGCCGUAACAGAACGUACAUUUCUUGAUAUCAUACAAGAAACUUAUUAUAAAUACAAAAAUGUAGGACCAUUUGCGGGCUUCUAUUGGUUCUAUAGGCAAGCGGUAUUUGUAACGGAUGUGGCUUUGAUUAAACAAAUUUUGAUUAAGGAUUUCAAUAAAUUUUCCGAUCGUGGUUUGUUUGUGAACGAGGAGGAUGAUCCUUUAUCGGGUCAUUUGUUCAAUUUGGAGGGCCCCAAGUGGCGCAGUUUGAGAAGUAAAAUGUCGCCUACUUUUACCUCGGGUAAAAUGAAAUUUAUGUUUCCCACGGUGGUCAAGGUGGCAGAAGAGUUGGUGAAGACUUUUGCAAGGACUAUAGAGAACGAUAAUAAAGUCGAAAUACGUGAUAUAGUAUCACGUUAUACUACCGAUGUUAUAGGCAACUGUGCUUUUGGUUUGGAAUGCAAUAGCUUAACAGAUCCUCAUGCUAAGUUUCAUGUAAUGAGUAAAAGAGCUUUAUUGGAAAAUCAUUUGGGUAAUUUUGGUGUGGCCUUUCGCUUUAGUUUCCCGAAAUUGGCCUUACGUUUGCGCAUGCGUGAUACUGUCCACGAGAUAGAAGAUUUCUUUAUGGGUAUGGUCAAGGCUACAGUUAAAUAUCGUGAAGAGAAUCAAGUGAAACGUAAUGAUUUUAUGAAUUUACUAUUGGAAUUGAAAAAUAAUAAAAUGGUGAAAAGUGAUAGCGGUGAGGAAUUUACAAAUUUAUCUCUAAAUGAAGUGGCAGCCCAGGCUUUUAUAUUUUUGGUAGCCGGUUCAGAUACUUCCUCUACCACCAUGUCAUUUGCUUUAUAUGAAUUGGCUUUGAAUGAGGAUAUACAAGAGAAAGCUAGACAGGAGGUAAAUAAAGUAUUGGAGCAACACGAUCAAGAGUUUAGCUAUGAGUGCUUGAGUGAGUUGAAAUAUUUGGAUCAGAUACUACAAGAAACCUUAAGACUUUAUACACCCCUACCCGCCUUAAAUCGUGUGGCCUUGGAGGAUUAUGUUGUACCGGGCCAUUCUAAAUUUGUGAUUAAAAAAGAUAUGCCUGUGGUUAUACCCGCCAUUUCUAUACAUCGUGAUGAACAAUAUUUUCCCAAUCCUAUGAAAUUCAAUCCCUCUAACUUCUCAGCCGAACAAGUGGCUCUGAGAGAUUCGGUUUUGUAUUUACCCUUUGGAGACGGUCCCCGCAAUUGUAUAGGCAGUCGUUUUGGCAAAAUGCAAAUAUUAAUCGGUUUGGCUUUGUUAUUGAAAAAUUUCAAAUUUACCAUCUGUAAGGAGACUCUAAUACCCAUGAGAUAUGACAAGGAGAAUUUCAUGGUUACACCCGAUGGCAAUUUGUUUUUAAAGGCCAGCAGAGUGUAAAGGUUAAAAAUUUAUUUAAAAUAAAAAGUAAAGUAAAGAAUUAUUGCUUUUGUUAAUCUAGUUAUUGUAUGUAUUUAUUUUUAAGUAAAUUUCAUAAUUUUAGUUAAAUUGUUAACAUUAAUAUUUAAGAUUUCAUAUUUUUUCUAUUUGUCAUGUUGUUAUAAACAUUUGCUUUUUUUGUUUAGUAAAUACUUAAUACUGUUAUGAAAUUGUUUUCGAAAUAUUAUAGAUAAGUUGUAAAAGUAAAUUCUAUUAUUAACUGUUUGUUGUAUUAUUAAGACUAAAUUUAUUUUUUUCAAACAUUGAUAUAAAAUUUUGGAAUGUAGAUAACAGUUCAUUAAGUAGAAUUAUACAUAUUUAAUCGGUUUAGAAAUUAUGACCGUAUCAGAGAAUUUGAAUAAAUGUAUAUCAAUUAUUUUGAUA